CGCGCGACCGUGGCGUGGCGAUGGCGGGAUUCUCCAUCGCAUUGCUCUCGCGAUUUCGCGGCUACAUUCGCAGGAAGCUGGAUGUGGAUCCAUCGCAGGUAGGCAGCUGUCUGGAGAAAAGAAGGCGACCAGAGGAAGAGCCGCCGCCUCCUCUCAAGGGAAAAGCCAGAAGGCUCUUCAUCUCCUGCCCUGACGCCGAUAGGUGCGAUCCUGGUGCUGUGGAGUGCGAGGCAAAAGAAGAUCUGGAGGUCUCCCGCGCCAAUCGAGACGGUAAUCAGGGCAAAGGAAAUGGUGUCGCCGCGGACGUGGAUUCUUUGCCGGUAGAUCAAAGGGCUUGUCUCGAAGCCCCAAAUCCAGAUCUCCAAGGUGAGACUGUCCUCGAAUUCGAGGCUUCAAAUUUAGUUCCCGACAACGAGGAUCAAAGGCAAGAGGUCGCUCAUGAGCUUGUUCCGAUAGCGCCACACAGUGAUGAUGCUAAAGCCAUCGACGAAGUUUUCCACCAUAGAACAAAGGGACCAAUCCCCAUUCCAAAUUUGCAGAACUACAGGAUAGAAGGCGUGGAAGGCUCGGGAGCUUAUAGCGUGGUUUUUAAGGCGAGGCGCUUUGGAGAUGGCCGGCUCUUUGCUAUCAAGUGUCCACUUCAAGGAGAUAAAAUUGCUGCGAGUGUUGACAAGGAGAUAAAAUUGCUGAAGUUGUUUGGAGGCAAGCACAGCAUAAUCAGAUUGGAGGAAGUCAUUAGAGACGGUGAAAAGCAAUAUCUUGUUCUGGAACAUGUCGAAUACGACAGCAUUCAGUCGCUGAAGAAAGAUAUUAGUAUGAAUGAUCUCCGAUCGUAUGGUUUUCAUCUGUUCAAAGCGCUGAAUUACAUGCACCAAAAGAACGUUAUACACAGGGAUGUGAAGCCAGGAAAUUUUCUCUAUUCAAGGAAAAGCAAAGUGGGGCAUUUAGUAGAUUUUAAUCUUGCAUUGGAUCUCGCUGGAAGGGCUAAAAGAAGACUGCCAAACCAAAACAGACAGAUGCAAUGCAGUCUGCCAGCCGACAUUACUUUCACAGAGGAACGGAACGCCUUAUUACAGUGCUCUCGACUGGAGGCAGACGCCGAAGAUUUCGAUAAAAUGCUAAAGAGAUUACGUUCGGCUGACUAUAAGUCUCAGGAACACAUGCAGCCCGUCCAGAUGACAAGAAAGCCUCUCAGGGAAUAUGUGACGAGCAAUAUUCCUUCCAACCAGGCUCGCAAGAGAGUGGGUUUGAAGCCGACGUUAGUCACAGAUAUCAAGCCGCUCGCAACAAUCUAUCCGUCUUGUUCUCUCGACCGACGGAGAAUAGCUUGCGUUGGAACAAAAGGAUAUGGGGCCCCAGAGGUUUUGCUGGGUUCUCCACAAACUGUAAAGGUUGAUAUCUGGUCCGCUGCCGUAACGCUACUCCAGAUCGCAACUGGAAGGCUGCCCUUUUCUAACGGUGGAGUCCCCAAGACAAUCCAGGAGAUUGCAAAGCUAUGUGGUACAAGGGAGUUGAAAGAACUCGUGGGAACCAAAAAAACGUGCUUCCUUGAGGAACUUAAGCACGAUUGUGAUGGUACCUCCAUAUCCGAGUGGAUCAAAUCACCUGAACUACCUUCUUCUUUUCUCGACCUGAUCAGCAAGUGCCUGAAAGCUAACCCCGAAGAGAGGAUAAGCGCUCGCGAGGCAAUGCAGCACGAGUUUUUCUCUCCUUGUUUGAGAGCAAGGAAAGCUCCUGAGCACCGGCUGCCUCUACGCGCUUGAACGAGACAAACCGUGCACGACCGACCAGCCAAGGUAGUGGCGCCAGUUAGCAACGCUCUGGAACCAGCACUCACCAUGGAAG